UUUAGUGUCUUCAUCGUUUCCAAAGUUUUAACUUUUAAGUCAGUAGGUUUCGGAUUUUGCAAACCAAAGGAACAGUUUUUAUAUUCUGCAGACGUUGCUUGGCAUCGGUUUUUCGAUUAGUUUAUUUUUUGGCGAAUGUGCAUCGUGGCUUAGUUGUCGUUUUACGGUUUUAUCUCUUGAAAAUAACUGCGUGCUGUACUGAGUAAUUGGGUUAAUACACUACGUGGCUUACCGUUUACUCCGUUAAAAUGGCUGACGUUGCUUUGGAUGAUUACAUUAAAACCAAGCGAAUCACGCGCAGCGGACGAGGGGGUCGUGGAGGUGCAGCUGGUGGACGUGGUGGAAAGUCUCGAGGAACUUCGCGGCAGUCCACGGGUCUGCGUGGCGCCCGGGGUGGAAUUACCAAGGGCACACGUGGAGCCCGCAAAGGAGUUGCUAGUUAUGGGCGUUCCAAUGUUGGUGGUGGAGAACGUUGGCAACACGACCUUUACGGCGGAGCAGGAGCUGGUGGUGUGCGAUCUCGAACUGGAGCUGCUGGCACAAAACUCUUGAUUUCCAAUCUGGAUUUCGCAGUUUCCGAUAAAGAUAUUCAUGAUUUGUUUAAGGAGUUCGGUGCCAUCAAGAGAGCUGCCGUACACUACGACAGGUCUGGCCGAUCGAUCGGGACAGCGGAAGUUAUAUAUAUUCGUUCCAGUGACGCGGUUUCUGCCCUGAAACGUUACAACGAUGUGCCAUUGGAUGGUCGUCCUAUGGAUAUUCAGCUGGUUACUAGUGGUGUUGGCGCAUCAGCUAAUGGUGCGGGUGCCCCUCGACGCCGAGGUACCGGACGUGUGGGAGGUGGGAGCCAGGGUGCAGUGCGUGGCCGUGGUGCGCGUGCCGGAGGCACUAGCACCCGUGGUGGUCGAGGACGACGUGGAGCGCGUGGUGGUGGCCGAGGGCGCGGUGCGAAGCCCGAUGUCACUCAGGCGCAGCUGGACAUGGAAUUGGACGAGUACCAGUCCUCAGCAAACAAAUCAGCCUAGAGGGCGGAACUUCAUAAGACUGUCCAGUCCUAACCACUUUUAUUGCACACGUGCUAUAUGUACAUAACUGUUUUGUCCACGUUGACCCUAUCUUCCGCUGGUUCGUAUUUUGUUUGGCCAGAGAGGAGGAUUUCCGUCAUUUUGAUUGUUUGAUAUUUCGCAUUCUGUCACAGCUUGAACAUCUUCAUUGAAUAAAUUUUGAUAUUCCUGUGG